AUGCCAAAGUAUACCAAAAUUUUAAAGAAGCUGCUAACAAAUAAAAGGAAGUUAGAUGAAUUGUCCACUGUGGUGCUCAAUGAGGAGCACUCGGCCAUUCUCCAAAACAAACUACCCGCUAAGUUUAAAGAUCCAAAAAGUUUUACUAUUCCUUAUUUUAUUGGUAGAUUAAAUGUAGAAAAAGCUUUGGUUGAUUUGGGUGCUAGUAUAAAUCUAAUGCCUUAUAAAUUGUUCAAACAACUUGGUCUCGAGAAACCAAAACCCACUAGGAUGAGUAUUCAAUUAGCUGGCAGAUCAAUUAAGUAUCCUAGGGGUAUUACUGAAGAUGUAUUUGUUAAAGUAGAUAAAUUUAUAUUCCAUGUUGAUUUUGUUAUAUUGGACAUGGAUGAGGAUAUUGAGGUACCCAUCAUUUUAAGUCGACUCUUUUUAGCCACUGCUAGAACCGUUAUUGAUGUGCGUAAUAGUGAACUUGUGCUGAAGGUAGGUGAUGAAGAGGUUACUCUUCAAGCAUGUGAUGUUGUGAGAGUUUCUAGUAAGCAAAAUGAUACUCGUUAUUCUAUUGAUGUUAGUAAUCAUGUGACUUAA